AUGAAUUUGUGUAUUGCCAGAAACCGUCGGCUUUUAGCUUUAUCAAUCCAUCGCACCAAGCGUGGCGAUGAAAUCCCACAAACUCGUGAGGUCCAGAACUUGACCAUGGAACUGCAGCAAAUUAUGAUGGGUGAUUUCAAAACGUUCAUGCAGAAGGAAAUUUACGAGCAACCAGAUUCGAUCGUCAACACAAUGCGUGGUCGCAUACUUGACAGUGGCAGUGUUGUUCUCGGCGGCGUUAAGGUUCUUCAGUUCUACAUGUUAAUCUUUGUCGAGUUCUCUUACACUCUGAUUGAUCAGAUGGAUGGAUGGAAUGCGCGGAUGGAAGACCCAGCUGUUCUACUGCUGCUAGCACAGAAGCAGCUGUUGACCUUUUAA